GUUUUAGAGAACAACAUACAACAACAACAACAACCAAGAAUGAGUAAUAAUGGAGGCACACAACAACAGCCUUCAAACAUUAAGGAGAUGAUAGCAACGGGAAAGGUAGACAAUUUGAUAUUCAACCCUGGUUCAAUGCUCGAUCAAGGACGACCAAGUCAACUGCCACCAAAGUCUCAAGAAGAGAUAGCAAAGCAUCAAAGAGAAUACGAAGAGAUACAAAAGAAAGCAAAGAAGACAUUGGAGAAAGAAGCAAAAGAGAAAGAGAAACAGGAUCAAGUGCGAAAGGAGAAAGAGAAGUCAUUGAUAGACGCAAGACGAGUUUGGGAAGAUGAUAUAAUACCAAAUUGGGACCCAAAGAAGAAGGAUCCAGGUAUAAUGAAAAGGAUUAGAGAGGUAUCAUGGCGUGGACUACCACCAGCUGUGAGAGGAAAGGUUUGGAAGAUGGCAGUUGGAAAUGACUUGAGGAUCACGAAUGAUCUAUUUACUAUAUCACUGGGACAUGCGAACAAUGCUCUGUUGGCAUUCAACAGGAACAAUAGGGUGACUUCGCCCAAACAUAACGACGACGAUGACUCACCGCCAAGAAGGAAGCACUCAUUGAAUGGCAAGAGUGUGUUGAAGGACAGCGACGACUUUGACAAUGAGGACGUGCUUGGUGUCGAGUCCACCAGUCUUGGCCUCAUUCUACAGGAUAUACAGGACACCUUCCCCUCACUGAUGAUAUUUCAAAAGAGUGGACCUCUGCACAACGACCUGAUAGAUGUGCUGGGCGCAUACAUUUGCAAUCGACCCGAUAUUGGAUAUGUACCCGGUAUGACUUUCCUUGGUGCCAUGUUCCUGCUCAACAUGGAAAAGUACGACGCCUUCCAAUGUCUCUCCAAUCACAUCAACAAGAACUGUUUCCUAGCAUUCUUUAGACAAGAUCAAUCAGGUAUACCAAAGUACUUGAAUGCAAUGGAUGCGACAGUUGAAGCAAUGCUACCAAAACUACACAAACACUUUAAGGACGUUGGUAUAUCAGCCAAACAUUACUUGGUCGACUGGAUCACAACAUUGUUCUCCAAGACUCUACCGUUGGACAUUGCCACGAGGAUAUGGGACUUGACAUUCCUCGAGGGUGAGAUCUUUGUAUACCGCACAUCACUGGCUAUCCUGCGACUAUUCAUUGCCGAUCUGGAAUCGGCCACCUAUGACCAAUGCAUCGAUCUAUUCACACAGCUACCACAACGAAAGAUACAAGAGGAUCAGUUCUUUGACGAGGUUGCCUCCAUUGUUUUGGAUCAAAGGAAGUUUGACAAACUGUUGGAG